AUGGAGGUGCCACAAGAUACUGGGCUUCUUGGCGAUCUGCAGGAUAUGUCCUCCCUUUCAUACCAUCAACGCUUUACUGGUUUCUUCGCCACCCUUGGUAUGGGUUUGUGCUUUAUUGGCAUCGCCACCUUUUUCGCCCCUGCCGUUGCCGUGUUCCCAAAAAAAUUUGCCUUUUUUCUCACCGUUGGGAAUUUGUUUUGUGUGGGUUCAACGACCUUUCUCGUUGGCCUGCGGCAACAAUUCCGUUCCAUCUUUGACGCAAAGCGUAUGGAGGCGGCUGCUAUGUACGCUGUGUCUAUCAUCAUGACUCUUGUCGCAGCCUUGUACUGGAAGUCGAGCCUUUUCUCCCUCAUAUUUGCGGGGGUUCAGGUGUUCUGCUUGUUGUGGUAUGCGUUAAGCUUCGUACCUUUCGCACGCCGCGCUGUCGGACUCGUUUGGUCUUAUGCAUGGGCUGUUCUUGGCCCUGUGCUCGGUUUCGUGGGGCGUGCGCUGCGACAGUGUUGCGGGAUUCUCUUAUCCAGCACACGAUAG